AUGCCAUAUAAGCUACUCUAUCGUAACCCUCUUGCUUCUGCAGAGGAUGUCGCGUCCUGGGUGCCCGAGGGUUCCGUGAACGUCACAACAGCGAAUAGCGCCGGAACGACCUCUGUUCAGCUGAGCUCUGCAGGUGGCAUUGACGAUCACUUCACCUUGUGGUGCCCAGAGGUUUUCCCGUCACAGGUACGCAUAACCUGGGAGUUCAGCCCCGUGUCGGAGCCGGGGCUUGCCAUGCUAUUCUUUGGUGCCGCGUCUGUGUCCGGGGGCGGCAUCUUCGACGAAGGCGUUGCGAGGCGGACCGGCGCCUACCCGCAGUAUCACUCCAGUGACAUCCGCGCCUUGCACGUCUCGUACUUCCGGCGCCGCUGGCCGGACGAGCGUGCGUUCCAUACGUGCAACCUGCGGAAAAGCCCCGGCUUCCACCUCGUGGCCCAGGGUGCGGAUCCGCUCCCCCCCGUGGCGGAUGCCAAGCCGGGCUUCUACAAGGUUGAGGUCAUCAAAAGUGUCAACGAGGUGAUCUUCAAGAUCGACGGCCUGUUGCUGUUCAGGUGGAUAGAUGACGAUAUUGGGAAAACGGGCCCUGUGGUGGAAGGGGGGCGGAUUGGGUUCCGGCAGAUGGCGCCUUUGCAAGCCAGGUAUAGGAAUCUGGAAGUAUGGGAGCUGGAAACUUGA